AGAAGGGUUUCCGAUUGGGUUGUCCAGCAAGGCAGCACUUAAACAAAUAACAAGCAACACUGGUUCUUCUGUUUUGGCACAAUAAUUACAUCACCCUGCAUAUAAAAGAGGCAUUGCAAUAGAAAGAAAAGCCAUUUGUAAUUGAGCACACAGGAGGCAAGAUCUGCCAGAGAUUCUUUUCUGAGUAGGCAAGCAAAGCAAGUGCAGAUCUACAACACAUCACAGUUGUACAGAAAGAGAACAAUGGAUACGGCAUUCAAGUCAGCAGAUCUACCAAAUGAUAAAGAUUACACUUGGGAAGUUAAAGCCAAUGACAGAAGUUACCAACAGAAAAUCAAUAACACAGGAUUCUUUUGUUUUCAGAAGAAGAAAUAUGCGGACAAUUCGAUUAAAACCUCCAAGUACAAUCUACUGAAUUUUAUACCUCUGAACCUUUAUGAGCAGUACCAUCAGGCCCAUGUAAUUUACUUUACGUUGGUGAUUCUUUUACAGUGCAUCCCGCAGAUUUCUACCCAGCCUGCGCACAUCAUUGUGAUACCACUCAUAUGUAUUCUGGUAGUACGAGGUCUACGAGACAUAUCCGAUGAUAUUGUUGUGGUCAUUCGGGUGCUUAUCUAA